ACAGUGAAACCAAUGGCUUGGUGCGCCGCAGGGUCACAUGGUGUCAGAGGGACACACCUGUGCGGAGCCCGCGGGGGCCUUGCAGUUGCGCCACAGGUGCGUAAGAGCUGAAGGUCCACGCCGAGGCAGGAUCGCAGGUACUCAGCCUCGGGUCCUCUCCAACCAUGAAUCGGGACGACGCCUUCUACCCGUCUCCGGUUUUUAAAGACUCCUGCGCCUAUCAGAGAUCUCCGGGAGAUGACUACAGUCCGCCGCCCUGCCUCUACAUGAGCAGGCAGGUGCACUCCGUGUACACGCCGCCGUCCCUCGGCACCCUGGAGCAGGCCAGCCUUCCCGACAUCGCUCCUGCGGCUUUCACUAUGCCCGGCAUGCGGGAGGAUCCGGGCGUGCCACCGCUCCACCACCCGCAGGGCCUCCAGCAGCAGCCAACACUCCAGCCUCCGGGUUAUAUAGACGCAGGAGAGCAGAACAGAUAUCACCUCCCUUUUCCCUGGAUGAAGACCACCAAAUCCCACUCGCACACCUGGAAGGGCCAAUGGACAGGGUCUUACGUGAUGACCGAGGCAGAGGAGAACAAGCGCACGCGGACCGCGUACACGCGCGCCCAGCUGCUGGAGCUGGAGAAGGAGUUCCUCUUCAACCGCUACAUCUCGAGGCCGCGGCGCGUGGAGCUGGCGCUGACCCUGAGCCUCACCGAGCGCCACAUCAAGAUCUGGUUCCAGAACCGGCGCAUGAAGUGGAAGAAGGAGGAGGACCGGAGGAGGGCCAGGGAGUCUGAGCCGGACCAGGACUCUUCCAUCACCUCUGGGGAUCAGGGAGAGACCGCGGGGGCGGGAGUGUCUUCCUCGAAUGGACCUCACACCAGCACGCCCCCUGUUUCCCCACUGCACGGCCACACGUUGUCCGCGUCGGGGUCCAGAGAACCAGCGUAGACGUGGACAGCACUCGCUCUUAACUGGAUUAUAUAGGAAAUAUAUAUAUAUUUUUUUGUUGCACAAAGAUAAGGCUAUUCUGACAGCAAGUUAACGGACUUGGCAAGAUCCCCUCAUUCAUUCCAGUGUUUUUAUUUUUAUUUUUACAUGGAAAAUGUGGCUCACUACCCAGGGCGCCAUUCAUCCAGGGAGCAGAAAUCAGUCAAUCAGUGAAUCAAUCAAUCAAUCAAUCAAUCAAUCAAUCAAUCAAUCUAUCUAUCUAUCUAUCUAUCUAUCUAUCUAUCUAUCUAUCUAUCUAUCUAUCUAUCUAUCUAUCUAUCUAUCUAUCUAUCUAUCUAUCUAUCUAUCUAUCUAUCUAUCUAUCUAUCUAUCUAUCUAUCUAUCUAUCUAUCUAUCUAUCUAUCUAUCUAUCUAUCCAUCCAUCCAUCCGUCCAUCCGUCCGUCCGUCCGUCCAUCCAUCAAGUAGGAAACAUGUUUACUAUUGUAUACAUUCAAGAUAUCAGC